GUAGAUCAAAAAAUUACGACAGUAACUAAAUAAGGAAUGUGAUCAAGUUGUUCACGAAUAAAAUGAACAAAGCUGUGACAUGUACAGAAAUGUAAUGUAUACAUAAUUUGUUGCUGUGUAUUUGUUAAUUCAAACCAUUCAUUCGUUACAGACAACGUCUAUUUUACUAAAUGAUUCAAUUGUUUUUCUUUUGACUGUUGUGGGUAAACUAGACUGUGCAAAUAACAUUUCUUUCGUUGUUGUUCUCGAAAGGCCAACUCAUAGAGACGUUAUUUAAUAUUCAUAAAAGUUCCGUUGAUUCGAUGAGAUUUACCUUAAACUACAUGAAACUGCAUUUAUUUCUGCGUUAACAAAGAGAUUACAAAUACAUUUUGUUAAAACAAAUCAGAAUAUUUAUUCCUUAUUGUUCCCAGUUCUCAAAACAAACUUUAAGUUGGUGUAAUCGAAAUAAGAUACUAAACUUAAACGAAAUGACUCCGUCGUACUCAAACCCCAUUUGCUGGAUUGUUUUAAAGAUGAUUGUACUUAAUUAUAUUUGAAAAGUUGGUUUUUUGAAAAGAAGAUUCCUUUUUACAUAUGAUUUCAUAAUCAGUCUUGAAGAUAGAUUCGUAUACUCAUCAUUUAUGAACUCAUUCACGUAACAUAUAAACAUAAUAAAUAAAGUGUAUGUUUUAUUUGUACAACAAUCUUUUGUUUUAGAGUAUGUAUCGAUGUACGAACAUAAUUAGAGAAAGAUUUCUAUUGACUAUCAGAUUUAUUAAAUAAGGGUGUGGGUGUGGGCGUGAGUACGCAUCUUGAUCCUCUCCACAUCCACACUCACACUAAAAUAUCGAUGUAUUGAAACAAAUACAUCGUGCCGUACUUUUUAUGUGUCGCAUCUCUUGCGUUCUCCGCUGGUUGCAUAUGAUAAUCAGCGGAGAACGCAAGAGAUGCGACACGAUGUGCUCGUUGCGAUACAUCGACACAUUUUAUUUUAGUAUACUUUUUACUAGAAAAAAUAUAACAUCACUAGAUGCUGCCAUCUAUUCAUAAUGCAUCAAAUGAACAUUCACAUAUGCGUCAGACAAUUUUUUUUGUCUUAGUUCAUAGUAGACUUUUUCUGCAAAUUUUUUACAGAAAACAUGAAGUUGCUAAUGAGGGCAUUACUCAGACUUUCGUACACCUUAUGGCAAUCAUUGCAUAACGAGAAACAAAUUCGCCGAAUAUUAUAGGUGGACUUUUUCACGUUACUCACUCCAAUUUGCGAAGGUAAUAUAUAAAAUGUUGCGAAACAUAUAUAGAAUCUUAACAAAUCUUGAAAGAUAUGGCGACAGGAAUACAACGGGAGUUUAGUGUUGAAGAUCGAUACGGAUUUAUUAAACAAAUUGGAAAGGGAUCUUACGGCGACAUAUGGUUAGUGGUUCCAAUAUCCCUGAUCGCCACAAGCACACGAGUAAGUGCACUGGCUAAGCCUUUUCUUUACGAUGCGAUAACAUCGCUAACUUCGUUUUCUGAUAACGCUGGAAUAUACAGGAUGGUCCAAAAGUAAUGCACCAAACAAAAAAAAUUGAAUAUCUCCAUUAGAGUUCCAGCAAACGAGCUGAUCUUUUUAUCAAUGAUAGAGACAUGUUCAAGCUUUAUAUUCAUAAAGACAUGCCUAGAGAGAUCCUUUGUAAAGUACCUUUUUUUUCUUAUCUGUGAAAAAUUAAAAUUUUUUUGUUGAGAUCACUGGUGAUACUUAACGAACGGUCUCUCUAGGCUCGUCUUUAUGGAUAUAAACAUUGAACAUACCUCUAUCAUUGACAAAACAAUCAGCUCGUUUGCUCAAGCCUUUAUGGAGAUAUUCAAUUUUUUUGUUGGGUGCGUUACUUUUGAACCACCCUGUAUUUAGUGAAUACUAAUUUUAUGUAAGUCUUCGCUAAAAAAUUGGUUUUCUUAUUCAACUUUAGUACGUCUUAAAGCGAUUGGAUCUUCAAAGCAUAACCGACGAAGGACAAAAAACAGCUGAGCGAGAAGCAAAGUUACUGUCAACACUGAAACAUCCAAAUAUUGUUAAAUAUGUUGAAUCAUUUCGUUCGUGGGAUUCGCAUCUAAAUAUUGUUAUGCAUUAUUGUGACGGUGGUGAUCUGUAUACGAAAAUAAGAGAGAAAGAAUCCGAAAAUCAGUUGUUCGAAGAAAGCAAAGUUAUUGAAUGGUGUGUUCAAAUAUGUAUGGCUUUGCAGUAUAUACAUGACCGACAUAUAGUGCACAGAGAUUUAAAAACGCAAAAUAUUUUCUUAACUAAAAAAGAAAUUAUUAAACUUGGAGACUUCGGUAUUAGCAGGUGAGCACUGUGAAAAUAAUGUGAACCUAUAUGUACUAUUAUUGAGAGCUGUGAUGAGUAGAACAUUCGCAAGAUAAAACCUUCAAUAACGAUAUUCGAGAUUUCGGAGGACUUGAUGGCAAUAGUGAGCUGAUAUCUGCUGUAAUCUUGUUUGAUAUCAACGUCAACUAACAGUUUCUAUUGUUUUUCAGAGUUCUUGAUGAUGUCGGCAACUUGGCCACAACUAUAAUUGGUACUCCAUAUUAUAUGAGUCCAGAAAUAUUUUCAAAUACACCGUAUGAUCAAAAGACCGAUAUAUGGUCAUUAGGUUGCUGUAUGUAUGAAAUAGUUAGCCUUCACCAGGCAUUUGAAGCUACAGAUAUGAAUUCACUUGUUAUUAAAAUACUACGAGAACGCAAACUCCUACCAUUGCCAUUAGCAACUGAAAUAGUGCCAAUUGAAGGUUCAAAGCAAACGAAUUAUCGUUAUUUUGAUAUUGGUGAUUUGCCAGAUCAAACUUUAUUGCCUAUUACAGGAUAUAAUAAAAAAUCAUUGACAUCUCUUGAAAAUGCUGUUCGAGAUGUAGAACAUCUUCUAGAUGAUAUUCAAGUAAAAAUCAUUAUAGCUAAGAAGAAUGUUCAGAAAUGCCAUGGCAUAUUGUCCAUUGAUGAAUCAGCUGCCAUACAGUUAUAUACAAUGGAGACAUUGCCUCUUGAUCGUUGUCUUUAUUACAAUCUUAAUAAAACUUUACGUACAGCUAAUCGACGGGAAUUAGAGCCAUGGUUUACGUAUUUAAAACUACUUCUGACAGCAUUAUACAAACUACCAUCUGUUAGACGUACAGUUUGGCGAGGAAUUAAAAACGUCGAUCUCAGUGAAGAGUAUCAAGAAGGACAAUGUUAUACCUGGUGGAAUCUCAGCUCCUGUACAGACACGUUAACUGUGAUGCAAACGACUCAGUUUCUAGGAACAAGGGGUCUUCGAACAUUAUUUGCUAUUGAAUGUGAAAAUGGAAAAGAAAUUAAGGACUAUUCCUACGUUCGCAAUGAAAAAGAAAUAUUAUUGCCACCGGCUACGUACAUCGAAGUUUUGGGGAAAAUAAAUCCUGCGCCUGAUUUGCAUAUCAUACAUGUGCGAGAGACAGCACCGCCUUACGUACUGAUUAGUCCACCGUUGUAA